AUGUCAAUUUGUGUUUGCUCCUUAACAUUAACUCUAGCUGAGUCUUCUUUUGCUGGAACUGUGCAAGAUCCUGAUUCUAAAACAAAGAAACACGAUGAGUCUCCUCCAACAAAUGACACAAACCGUACCGUAACAAGGUCGACUACCUCAUCCGUUACUGUUAGUGCAUCUGCUAAUGGAUCUGAUGUAGUCUCCUCUCGGCCAAAUGUCAAUGGUCAAGCAUGUGCUACGGAUUUUAUAAAGGGAAGUCACCGUGACAGAAACAGUUCAUAUGGCUAUUAUGAUUUGAAUUUUCGGGGAGACCGAGCAAAAAGAAGCAAUUGUUGGUCUCAAACUUCGGUGUCGUCUCCUAAGCCUCCUGGAAAUUUCACUGGUGCGGGUAGACUUCCUCCCAAUUCACAAUCACUUGGAUUCAGAUCGCCAGUUAAGGGAAAGCAAGCUGCAGGACAGUUCUUACAAUUUUCCAAUCAAAAGACUAGCUGCGCCCCAUAUAGCGGUUACACUAAUGGAAACUCGAAUAGUGGUUUCUGGGAUCAGAGAGAUCAUUAUGGGAAGCCUGAGAGAGAUGGAGAGUCUGAUACCUUGGUUGAAUUGAAACGUGGCCCGAGAGUCCAUGCAAAGACUAGUUCUCCUUCUGAGUCAUCAUCACUAAAGCAAAACAAUUCGUUUGCCUUGGCUCUUCGCAGAGAGAUGUAUAACCUCCCAGAUUUUGAGACCGACUAUGAGGAUGCCAAAUUUUUCGUAAUCAAGUCCUACAGCGAAGAUGAUGUUCACAAGAGUAUCAAAUAUUCUGUGUGGUCAAGCACUACCAACGGAAACAAGAAACUCGAUGCAGCUUUCCGUGAUGCUGAAAUGAAAACACUCGAGGAUGGCAAGAAACGUCCAAUUUUUCUCUUCUUCUCGGUGAAUGCGAGUAGACAGUUUGUGGGAUUAGCUGAGAUGGUGGGAUACGUGGACUUCAACAAGGAUUUAGAUUUCUGGCAGGUUGAUAAAUGGAGCGGCUUUUUCCCCGUUGAAUGGCAUGUGGUUAAAGAUGUCCCUAACUGGGAAUUAUGCCAUAUCAUCCUUCACAACAAUGAAGGCAAGCCAGUUACUUAUACGAGGGAUACUCAAGAGAUCAAAUUCAAAGAAGGUCUUCAAAUGCUUUCGAUAUUUAAGAAAUACUCUGCUGUAACAUCUUUGAUAGACGACAUGGACUUUUACGAAGAACGAGAGAAGUCUCUUCGAGUGAAGAAGGAGCAUAAACCGGCCACUCUUCGGAUGGAUCUAGUCAAAGAGAAAGACUAUGAUUACGAGAUGGAAGGAAACAGGAGAAUGAACCAUGAAGAAAGAGGAUAUAACUGGAACAGAAGUAGCAGUAGCAAAACAGAAGCAUCUCUUGUCAAUCUAACCAAGAAUCUCUCCUUAAGAUCAGGCUACUCUGUUUCCAAGAAGAACACUGGCAAUUCAAGAUGA